CUCUCCCUAUCACAACGAAACCAAAACAAACCACACAAAUUCUUGGCUUUUCACUAUCUUUUGCCUCCUGUGCCAUAGUUUCUUUUUUCGAAUUGGUUUCUUACUGUGUUGUACUCGUUGCAUUAACUUCCAUUUUCCAAUUUCCAAAAAGUUGCUCCUUCGUUUCGCUAGUCGCUUCCGUCGUUUGGAGACGCUUUUUUUUUGUCGGACACUGGAUACUGUUUCCUUUAAAGGAAUUCAGCUUUUGUAAUUCUUCUUGGUUUGUUCAUUUUGCCUGCAACUGGCUUGGCGGGAUUCGUUAUUCUUUGAAAAGGGUGUUUCUCUCUUCUAGUUGUUCUUUCAUCCUUCUUCUCUUUUGCUAGCUGUCCAUUCUACUUAAUUGCUAGCAUUCCUUUCUUCCCGCUACUUUUUUCCUUUGUCACGUUAGGUCUGUCUGUCUGUUGAUGUUUGUUUCGACGGAUCUCCGCUUUUUCAUCGCCUCUAUUGGAUUUCUCUCCAAUUUCUCUUCUUGAAUUUCAUUCUUUCAUUCUUUUAUUUUUUAUUUUUUUUAAUUUCAUGAUCGAUCAUUUACGGAAAACUUGUGCAUUAUCAAGACACCUUAACUUGUACUAACUUCACUGUUUACUCGUUUUCUUUAGCUCCCCCUCGUUCCUUCAGUUUCAUCAGUGGUGGUGCGUACUGUCCGAUCAGACAUUGUCUUUUUGGUCUUUGUGCCUCGGUUAUCGUUUUGCUUUUUUAACCUCAUUCCAUUUCUUACCCCAUCUCUUAUUCUCUUUUAUUAUUUCUUGUUGUCUAAUCCUUAAUUUCUCUUCCUUUUUCUCACUCUCUUUAUGUCUAUAUGCCGUCGUCGUCUAUUCCUUCCGAUCCUCCCAUUUUGCAACCGUCCUUCUUUGGGUAUGUAGGUACUACAUUGGAUGCCCUUUGGCUGUUUCAAGCCUGCCAGCAAAACAUCCUUCCCUUUACUCCUCGUCGACCUCAACGCGAGGAACGAAAACAUAUCAUCCAUUCUGGCAAUGUUUUUAUAUUCAACGAAACUCAAUCCGGUAUAAAGCGCUGGACCGAUGGUGUCCAUUGGUCCCCUUCUCGCGUCAUUGGUAAUUUCCUAAUAUAUCGACAGUUAGGAAAUUCCUCUUCUAAUUCAAACGAAAAAUUAGAUUCCACAAAAGCUGCUUCUGGAAAAAAUGGUGAUGAAAAUGGUCAAAAUGAACCAACGCCCGAAUCUCAUUUUACAUCUGCUCCUGCACCUCAACUUUCCCAUGAGUCGCAUCCCUCAAUUCCAAUGGGCGAUGUCUUUUCCAAUCAAAACGCCUCUAUAAAACACCCUCCUCAACCUUCGAAUUCAGUUCUGCAGAAUCCAAUAUCCACAGCCGUUUCUAAUACGUCUACUCUUCCACCCAAAACAGAGUUUUCCUCAGCAUACCUUCAAGACCCUACCGGCCUCUUGUCCCCUUCAUCCGUCUCUGUUCGUCCGAUUCCUGCUCAGUGUUCUGACCCUCUAUUCCCACACCAAAACCUUGUUCCUCCUUCUUCCACCUCCGCCCCUACUCCUAUUCCUUCUGCUGGUGAAGACAUAAAACCUUAUGCAAAUGCUACCGCCUCUGCAACGGUUUCUGGACAAACUUUCACCGAUGCGUUUUCUCGGUCCCUUCCGUCCUUCCCUGUUGCUCCUAAUUCUUCCUCUGGUCCUCUAACUCAGCAAUAUCCCAUGAAACGCCGUCUUUCUGUACCGUCGUCUUCUUCCACUUCUGCACCUAACGGGUUUCCCGUCAAUUCUGCUCUCUCUUAUCUUCAUGAUAGUGAGCGCGCUCUUGUCGGAUCUUUAAACGAUGCGUAUUCUUUCAAGAAGGGUGGCCUUGUUAAGAAAACUAUUUCUCUCACUAUUCAUGGACAAUUACAUCACCUUAUUUCUUAUUAUACAGCUGAAGAUGUGCUAGAUGGUAAAUUGAAAACUCCAAGCUCCAUGCCUCUCUUUCGCCAUCUUCCAAUUUCCCCCGACUUGCUUGAGAGCAAAAAUUUCCGUAUUCCUCCCUUAAUUGAAGCAGCUGAAUCCGAAAAAAUAUCGUACUGGAAUUCUGUUUCCUCUUAUGAUACACAGCAAGCACCUUCUUCUGUCGUUUUAACUGGCACUUCGCCUUCUGUGUCGGAUGUGGAUUCUUAUCAUUUUCAAAACCUCACCCUCUCCACUUCUCCUACCUCUAAUUUACCUCCAAUUUAUAAUGCUAAUCAAACAUCUCCAACGUCAAUGCAACAUCCAUUUGCUUCCAUUCCUCAUUCCUCUUCCCAACUUCCUUUAUAUGCUAAAUCCUCGAACCAUGUACCUAAUCCAGAUAUGCCGCCAAUGCAAUCUUUCAGCAGCCAUGCUUCUCCUCAUUAUCCCGAAAAUUCGAUUCCUGCUAUGACUUCAGCGACAGAGUCUUCUGCUUAUCCAAAUUCAGUUCUCAUAAAGAGUGAAUAUAAUGAAGACGGCUCUGGUGCUCAGAGUGGCUUACCUCCCUUUCAUGCCAAAGAGGGAUCUUGGAUGGAUAAAGAUCCAGUUUACAAUAACUCUCGACAGUACUUAACAACACAUACUUCUUUUCCCCAGAGAUCAUUAUCUAACAAUACCGUCCUUCCAGGCUAUACGAGCUUACAAGAAGCAAGUACUGCGAAUAUGGAACCUUAUGAUCGCAACAUGCAUAGGCAUUCUUUGAGUACAAGUCAACCAAGCACAAUAAUGCCUAAUGAAUCAGGGUUGGCUUAUCAGUAUCCAACUAAUACGAAUAUGAAUCCCUUAGGAGCCCCACAAGGAAUGUCUGAUUUAUAUUGGAAUAAAGAUACUCAUUUACAGCCCCCUAUGAUUCAUCCUUCUCAAGGUAACGCUAUGUACAUAAAUUCUGGACAAAAUUGGGUCCCCAAUUCUAAUAUGAACGUACAAGGCAACUCUGAGUAUCCUUUUCCUAUGCAACAAGAGGACACUUCUGCCAGUAUGAGAAGAAGUACAGUUGGCCGUCUUCCGAAGGUGUUUCUGCCUACUCCCAAUUCUCGUAGAGGCUCUGUUCCUUUAAUACAAACAAAACAAUUACCGAUGCGUUCCACGGGGAAUCGCCCUUUCUCGCCUGUCAAUACAAUGCAUCGUUCUGCAUAUCGUGCUCAUCCAUACCCAAUCAUGCCUACUAUUUCACAUGGAGAAUAUCGAUCGGACGAGACGAAUAAAACAAUGCGCUAACUAAUGUUGGUUUAGAAAAGACUCUUUUUAUGCAUUUUUCAGAUCAGUAAUAAUUUAAUGUAUUUUUAAUGCUAUGGAUUAGCAUGGUAAAGAUCAGCUGUCUUUACCUGUUCUCUCCUUGGCUAUAAUUUACUACGGCUUUUUUAUUUUUAUUUUUUUUUUACAAAAAUUUAUACCACCCCCCCUCCUUUAUUCUUAUUUUAGCUUCUUGAUAUGUUUCAGAUAAUUUUUCACGCUACGACAGAAAAUGACAAAAGAAACCUUCCUUUAUUUUGUGAUUAGCUUUACACAUAAUUGAUUGAAAAAUAAAUGAAUUUGUUUUAUUAUACGAUAAUGAUUUCGCCUUUGCCUGUUCUUCAUUUCAUUUUCUUACUACAUAUUGUUCACUAUAACUAGUCUAAAUUAUUUUUUCUAUGAAUUGAAAAUAACUGUGCUGGAG